UAUUUCCACUCCUCGCUCCCGCCCCCACCCUGUCCUGUCGCUGCUGCCCACCGCACUCAUCUCACCGUGUCCCACUCUCGCAUAAUUCCCCUCUGGCGGGAAUUGGAGCUCGUCCCAUCCCCUCCUCUUCCUUCUUUCCUUCCUUUCGUCGAUCCCGCCGCGUCUGGGUCAAUCGCCACGACGAAUACAACACUUGGCGUAGAAAUCUUCUCAUGAACAUAACGAUGGGGUUGUCGCGGCCUGGGCAUCGACUGGAAGGGAUUGAGAGAGAACGCGACGAGGGAUAACGAGGAUAGAAAUUGGAUAGAGUCGUGAAUUGCGAGUGGUUUGGUUGCAGGUGCUAGGACUGACGUGAAGGGGGAGGUGGGAUUGCACUCGUGUUGUGGUUUGCGCGAAGGUCUUUCGUGGCGAGAUUUUUGAGAGUUUGCGGGAAUGCAUACAGGUGCGGUGUUGAGAACAUUGGGGGAGGUGUGAGGUGUUGCAAAUUUGCAUACAUUGUGUUGUUUGCAUAUGAGGCUGGAGGUUUGUGGAAGGUGCUCGCAGCUGGAGAAUGAGUUGCUGUUAGGGAGCGGUAAACGGGAAGAGGAUCUAUGUCAGGAUAGGUGUAGAAAAGUAGACAGUCUUAAUAUAGAAACGUACAACGCACUCUCACCUUGUACAAUGGUCAAGUGUCAGAUAGACGACGCCCUUAGAAAUGCUUUUCACUUUUUCCUUUUUGUUGGUUUUUGGGAGUUAUUGGACUGAAGAGAUUAGCUCAACUUGGAGGCCAGGAGCAGCGCCCUACUGCUCUGGUAAACGCUAAUCUGCUUCAAUCUUCGACUUACGGAGGAAUUUUGAUGUGGUGCAGUAGCUCGGUAUCUCGGCUCUAGAAUUUAUAUGCUCAUGAAUUGAUGUUUAGUUGUACGCAUUUGUUCGGAAGGUCUGAAGGUUCACCUUCGUACAUCAAAGUUGCAACUUUGCGGAAGCUUGUGCGGUUUCUGCGAUCGGUCCCACUCGGUCGUGAGAGAAUUUGAGAAGACUGUAAUUGGUUCGAAGAUUAAUAUUCCUGGAAAUUCCUAGUGCUACUACCGUGGUCCUUGGAGGUCGGAGCACGACUUCAACAUUACCUGGAGUAGCUGCGCAUUUUACUGCAGCGUAAGCGGCGAGCGCAUAGAGAAAAUGCAUCCGUUUGUUAACUUGAAGAAUCAGCCGUCAUGAUUUGUGUACUUGAGGCUUGGAAGACGGUUGAGAUGAUGAUUGCCAGAGUUCAUGCCAGCAGAGAGGCGGUCGAGUGGGUACACUUGACGGUAGUGCUGUUCAGAUACGGUAUUGCUACUAUGAUCUUUGGUGAUAAGUAACUAGUUUCUCGUUUACGAUAAGCAAUUAUGUUCCAGCUGGAGACCUUUCUGUGAACGUUCCUUCUUUCUAUUAUGUUCGUUAGCGUGAGGACAGCCACCGCUACUGGAUGAUGAAUUCAGCCGAACCGGUUGGUAGGGUUAGGGUACGACUUAAGGGAGUAUCACGGUAUUAUUCUCAAAACUGGAAGGAAUGAUUUGGACACAUCCAGGUCGGAAACAUCGCUAUACCAGGAGGAGUAUGGAUUUAUGUCCUACUUCUUACGUAUGUAUCUGCAGUCUGAGUAAAGGAGUCGGAGUUAACCUUUUGCAAGAAAUGUGUUUUCUACUCCGUCAUUUGGAUGGGUGAAACUAGAUUAUUCACUGGCUAUUCUUUAAAUUGAGACUGCAUCAGGCACUUUUUCAUUCCCGAAAUACCACAAUAUCUUGAACCCUACAUGAAGUGUCUUGUAAGCUCAAACGUAAAUCGUACCAAUUUCGUAGUAUUGAGCAUCAAAUUACAGGGUAGCAUUUGAAAAACUACUGCUCGAGGGCCUGCCAUCCCAAGUCCUGAUUCAUGCCUAGCUAUUCUCGUUGUGAUCUGAUACGUCAUCGUCACUUCCGUACAAGCUACCGCCAAUUUUUGAAAAUUUGGAGGUGUGCCUUCGGCGUAGCUGUGGACAAGAGUAUGAUUAUUUUAUAUGGGUCCAUGGUACGGCAACUUACAGGAGACGACGCCGAUGUGUAUGUAGAAGCAAUGUAAGCAUAAAGUCCUGAGAAACUGGUAGCACAAGCAGCUCCCAUCAAAUGAACUUCCGCGACGAGGAAUUGUAUCCUGAGGAAAACAUAGGGAAACGAAGAAUCCGUGUGAUCGACGAACAGCCUUCAAUCAGUAAUUUGAAGGCUCCAGGCUAUAUUCUAUCGAGACCACCAGUUAGUAGUUACCAUCGGCCUGUGGCAGAUGGCUCGCAUAAGCCGCCCGUCGUGUUUGAUAGCUUUGGAGCAGUCACUAUUUCAACUGACAAGUUUGGUGCUGUUCAAUUGGACAAUAACCAGACCUCAAGCUUCGGUUCUACAUACAGUCGUCGAUUUGAGAAUACAGAAGAGUCAACUGGAUCUUUCAAUAUCCAUCUAGAUCACAAGAAGUUACUAGAAGAAGCCCGGGGAAAGUACCAUUGCACAGAAUCUGGUAGCCUUUCUUUUAACGAACCUGGAUGUGGAAAGAGAAAUCUGGAUCAUUCUGGUUCAGCUGCUACAAGCAAUCCUUGUUCCAGUAGAGUGUAUGAUGGCCCUUACUCAAAUUCAACGGCAUAUGCCUGCACUCGCGAUGAGCGAGCGUCGAACGAAAAUAACGACUACAAUAAUGAGAGCGGAGGAGGUCCUCCUGUUAAACGCUUUUGCGAUUUGUCUAGAUAUGGAAAGAGGACCGAGAAGAAACAAUUAAAUUUUCUAUCUCUGGAGACAGCAUCUACUGAUUGCAGUGGAUCUCAUGCGUCUAAUGUUAAUGAUUUGUUGCCAAGCUUAUCAUUGAAACGGAGUUUUGACGCGAGGAAUAUACCACCCCUUACUCCACAUGCUGGUUUUGGUAUUAAUUAUACAAGAGCGCAAUCAAUUGGUCCACCCUCAGCUUCCCAUAAUCCUCCUCGUCCUCAGCAGGGUCGUACGAAACCCGCCCAAUCCCUUGAUCUCAAUGAGUUACCAAAACCCUCGGUUGAAGAGGAUUCUAGAAGUUCCUUAAACUCUUUCGGAUCGGAGGAUGGAUCUGUGCGUGAAGUUCGGGCCAAUUAUAAAUUUGCUUCAAUUGGUCGACAGGCAUAUUUACGGCAGCGCAUGGAGGAGCGACAGAGAAUCCAAGAUUCUACCCCUGUAACCUCACGUAGUCUCCCUGAAACCCAUGGAGCAGAGAGAUGUCGCCAUGUUAUAUCUCCAGAGGACCUUGUGUGGUUGAAUGUUCGACAUUAUUGUGGUAUGGUGCUUGACCGAGAGACGGGAGCUGUUUUGGGAACUGCUGUUCUCUUCAUACCCACUGAUUCCAAAAGCCGAAAGUCGGCCUGGGUAACGAGCGUGAACACAGUAGAGGGUCGAUGGGAGAUCGCUAUAAAAGACUGCAAAGGAGAGAUCCAAGUGGCAAAGCUGAUGCUAACUAGCACCGCAUUUGGGCUAGUUUUCUUCAGCGUUCGCCCUUGGCAGAAAACUUUUGCGCUAGCCUUCCUGAGCAUGGUCGCUGGCCCGGCUAGUCUUCCCCACCGAGCAUGUGUGGACGCCGAGCGAGGAGAUCAAGUCUAUGUUUUUGGAUACGAGGAGCCCUGGGAGUCGGAAGUGGGGAAAAUAGCUGACGUUAGGGUCCGACCCGGGAUAAUAACGGAAGCUGGAAGUAUGGAGAUUCUGGAGAUCGAUUUUACGAAGGGUCGAUUAGGAGGCUCUAUCGCUACCCCUACCGGCUUCAGUGGAGGCUUAGUGGCGCGAGCAGAUGGGCUUUGGAUUGGUGUUAUAACUGGUCACAUGAUGCAGGGUCACCCCUCUCUCAUUGAUUUUUCUUCUGCUUACAGUGUUUAUUCCUUUCUUGACGAAUUGUAACCAGGUCGAUCAGCCUAUCCAUCAACCUCUUAUACCGUGUUAACAGAUUAUGAAAGAUCCUAAAUUAUUUUUACUGUAUCACCAUAUCUUAACGCGAACACACAAUUCUAUCAAUUUCAUCUUACGUCAAUCUUCAUAUCAUGUUAGGUUUUCAAACUGUCCCAUUUGACCUAUUCCAUUUUUCUGCCCACUUAGUUGUUACUGAAGUAAUCAAUUACUUUUAUUCUUUUGUGUCAUUCAA